AGCCGUCCCGCCGUAGAAACUCGCCAACGACCGGCUUCCCGGGAAGCCGCAAAACCCUCGCGUGAAUUGUGUUACGGCCGUGAUCAUACGGCCGCCCGAGAUAUCGGUGAAUUGGCGUGUCGCGCUUGUUCUAUUAAUUUUGUAGUGCGGUUCAGGCGACUGCGUGUCGCCGGCGCGACUUUUUUUGCGGAGCGUACUUUGUCUCGGAAUUGCUGAAUUCGCCUUAGCGGAGGCUCGGUGUUCACGUACUUGCCGCGCCGUUCAGAACGCGCUUGAUUGGCUGCCGCGCUUCGCGCGGAGCCAGUCGUCGUGAUCAGUGCGUGUGGCGUAAUUAUGGUAUGAGCUGAGAUAAUUCCCGUGUCCGGCUUAUUAAUUUCUGUUGUCAACUCCUUAUCGCUCUGUAUUUCUGUCUUACGUUAACCGUUAUUCUUUUUUUCCUUUAUUGCAUGCCGUCUCUAUCAUGCACUGCAAUAUAUGUGAUCUCUAUCUGUUACAUCGGCCUGAUUUUGCUUGAUUUCUCGCCUACCCGUCUCCUUCCGUGAGAGAGCCGCUUCGUCCCUGUUUCCGCUACUCCGCCCCUCUACCGGUUAUGGCUCUUGCAGACCAGCGCGACGACGCGAUACGUGACACGCGAUAUCCAAUGAGCGUACAGCUUUUCCUCACGUCAUAUCCGUCGCACUAGAGAUCGCGACGUCGCAACAAAAGUUGGCUAAGUUUGAAGAUUUGUCGCACGCGACAAGCGACACAACCCAACCUAAUCCUCUAAUCGACACAAAUAACGAAUCAACACGGGCAGAUAUAUGUUUUAUGCUUUAUACCAUGUGCAUGCGUGUCGUGCGUGCUUGCAUGUGGCGUGAGUCCGUUUGGACAAUCAAACACCGACCGUUUGUUUUCUGUUCCUGAACUCCCUGAAUUAGUGUGCACUUAAAAUUAAAUAGAUAUGUAUUUGAAAGUUAGUGAAAGCAAGAAGAAACGUGCAGUCUAGUGCAGGAAUAGAAAACAAGCCUCGAGACAACGUCGUUAUCCUCGUGCUUUCGCCUUUGGAUUAUGGUCGUAUCGUCCCCGUGUUACGGUAGAAGGACGGGUACCAAUAUUGUCUGAAUCUGAAUCUGAACACGGGCAUACCGGUAGACUGCAGCAGAUACGGGACGUAAAGAUAAUAAGAAACAUGUCAGAUUGUGAAAAUUACGAAUAUUUAGACGAAGCAGGAGAAUUUGAUACAGAAAAUAUUGAUCCCGAUAAUGAUUCUUUAACAAUUAACUCACAAGUGUUCGAAGAAAUAUUAAUAUUAGAAGUGCAAGAGAGGCCGUGUUUAUGGGAUCAUAGAUUAGACAUAAAAAUGAGAGGAAUGGAUACAAUACGAAAAGCAUGGGAAGAAGUGGGUCAAGCCGUCAAACAUUCAGUAAUAUACAAAUUACAGAUUUAAAUGAAUCUGAAUUUCAUUCAAAAUCGAAUGCAGACGAAAGCUAUAUAGAAGAGACAUGCAUAGAAAGCAGAUCUCCAACAUUAUUAAAAAAUAGAGAUAGAAAUGAAUGUACCAGUGCAUUAGCAUGGUCAUCGAAAUCUAAAACUGCGCAAUGUGAGACUCUUUUUCCUUCAUCGCCAUCCAGUCGAAGUUCAACUCCUUUGUCGUCUGCAAGCAACUCACAAAAAAGGAAGAAAUCUGAUGCUUUCAAAAAAUCAUCUACGGAACAAUCUGAUAGAUUCGAAGAGUUUAUUAUGGGACAAGUUGCACAACCCCAAAGUGAAGCAACUGCAUUUUGCAAUUUUAUUAAAACACGUUUAGAAAAAUUCAACAGACAAUUUUAUUUAGAAGCAACGCAUAAUAUUAUGAGUGAGCUUAUGAAAUUCGAAAAAAAAGCUGAAGAACACCAAAAAUAAAUAUUUAUUACUUUUUUAUAUAUUUUAAAACAGUAUUAAAGUAUAAAAGUAUAAGUCCACACCAAAAAUAAAUAUUUAUUACUUUUUUAUAUACUUUAAAACAGUAUUAAAGUAUAAGUGCAACAAAAAAACUAAGUGCAAUGUAAAAAUUUUUUAUUUUUAAAAUUUUAUUAAUAAAGUUUAUUCAUUAUUUUUUA